GUAAAGCGAGAAAGUUCAGAAAAGCACUAAUGGGGUGACAUCUACAUGUACAGUCACAGACAAAAACCCUUCUUUCUCUCUUCUCUUUUUUCCUAUGGAAAAUCUUGUAUUUGCCCCUCCUUGGAUGUCCUUCUUUCGCGCUUUCAAUUUUCUCUCUUGCUUUUAACCCUAAAGCGGCAUUGGAUUUGCUUCUUAAGAGAACCCUCUUCUCUUCUUCUUCAUUGUUUUGUUCCUCAACCCUCAAGUGAGGGAGAUAUUGCUUCAAUUUCACUCUUAAAACACCAUAUUUAUUAUAUACCCUUUAAACGCCAUUUCUUUCUCUCUUCUUCUUCUUCAAUUCUUUCACUUUACAAGCCCACGUUCUGAAAGAGAGUUUUUUUUGUUGAGUUUAUUAAGAGUCUGCAAUGGCACCAAGUUUUGAUCGUGCAGUUUCGAGUCUUCUAUGUGCGGAAGACAACGACAACGGUUUUGAUGAUAAUAAUUACUAUGGGGCGGCUUGGAAUCAUAGAUAUUAUCGAAACUUGAAUCAAAACCGAGUCUUUAAUGGUGUUGAUGAAGAUGGGUUGCCAUUGCAGAGUGAAGAGUGCGUGGCUUUGAUGGUAGAGAAAGAACAUCAGCAUUUGCCUGGUGCUGAUUACUUGAACAGGCUAAAAGUUGGAGUUUUGGACUUUGAAGCUAGAAAAGAAUCUGUUCAUUUCAUUGGGAUGGUUCAUUCCAAAUUCGGUUUUGGACCUCUUUGUGAGUACUUGUCAAUAAACUACUUAGACAGAUUUCUCUCUGCAUAUGAAUUACCUGGCAAAGCUUGGAUGAUGCAGUUACUCACUGUGGCAUGUUUAUCUCUUGCUGCCAAAAUGGAGGAGACUGAAAUUCCAUUGAUUGUAGAUUUACAGGUGGGGAAAUCUAAAUUUGUGUUUGAGGCUAAAACUAUACAAAGAAUGGAGCUUCUGGUGUUGAGCACUUUGAGUUGGAGAAUGCAAGCAAUCACUCCAUUUUCCUUCAUAGAUUAUUUCCUUUACAAGCUCAAUGAUGAUAAAAUCCCAGUUAGAAGUUCAAUCUUGAGAUCAAUCCAACUCAUUUCAAGCACAAUAAAAGGGAUUGAUUUCUUGGAAUUCAAGUCUUCUGAAAUUGCAGCAGCAGUGGCAUUAUCUGUUGCUGUUGAAACAACCAACACUGUGGACACUGAGAAAGCCAUCUCUAUUCUUAGUAACCAUGUACAAAAGGAGAGAGUGAUGAAGUGUGUUAAAUUGCUGCAUGAAGUGUCAUUGGUUAAAAUAGGCAAUGGAAGUUUGCCACAGAGCCCCAUUGGGGUACUGGAUGCAGCAUGCUUCAGCUAUAAAACUGAGGAGAGUGAGACAACAGUUGGUUCCUAUGUAAAUUCUUCACUUACAAGUCCAAGUACUAAAAGGAGAAAGGCAAGUAGACCCUGUGAAGUAUAGUUUUAAAACUAGUGGGAGAUCAAAUUUGAGGGAUAUUCAUAUUAAAAAAAAGCCAAAAAAGAAAAAAGAAAAAGGAAACCCCAACACCCCUGUAUGUUUUUGUUAGUGUUACAUGGUAGCUUUGGGUGUUUAAAGGAUGGAAAAUGUGGGGGAAGAAAGGGCAACCAUUAAAGGAAGAUUGAGAAGCAGGGAAUUUCAGGGUAUUGGCAUGCACAGGGAUGGAUCAUAAUCCUCUAAAUAUUUGACCUCUUAACACCCAGAAUUUAGAACUUGAGGAGAGGAAAAUGGGAGAAGAAAAAUGGGAAAAAAAGUUUUAGAAAGGAGAGUAUUUGCUGCUUUGUGAGAUACAGUUUGUUGUUCUAGGUUGGAGUUUUUUUUUUUCGAGGAAAAGGAGAAAAAUUAGUAAUAUUAAUAUAUAUUUGCAUAUAUGGUUUGGUUUAU